UCAGUUUUGUAAAAGUAAAAAAUACCCUGCAAGCCACUUUCUUCGCUACCUGCUUGCUUUCUUUUAAACUGCAAUACCCACCGCUUCUUUUUCACAGCCGCCGCUCCUCAUCCACCGUCACUGACAAUCCUACUUUUGUAAAGAAUUAUCGUGGAUACCAUGGUGCAAGAUAAAAAGAGGAAUCGACCGAACAUAUUGAUAACUGGAACACCCGGAACAGGAAAAACGACAACAUCGACUGCUUUAGCGGAGUCAACCCAGCUUCGCCACAUAAACAUUGGGGAUUUGGUUAGAGAAAAAAAAUUACAUGACGGCUGGGAUGAUGAACUCGAGUGCCACAUCAUCAACGAAGACCUGGUGUGUGAUGAACUUGAGGAUUUAAUGGAAGAAGGUGGUAAUAUUGUGGAUUACCAUGGAUGUGAUUUCUUUCCAGAGCGAUGGUUUGAUUGUAUUAUCGUGCUUCAAGCUGAAAAUUCUGUUUUGUAUGAUCGUUUGACUAGGAGAGGUUAUUCUGGGGCUAAGCUUUCCAACAAUAUUGAAUGUGAAAUCUUUCAAGUUUUGCUGGAGGAGGCAAAAGAAAGUUAUCCAGAGGAUAUUGUCCUGGCUUUGAACAGCAAUACCAUUGAGGAUAUCACUGCAAAUGUUGCAACUUUGACAGAUUGGGUCAGGAAUUGGCAACCAAGUUCCUAGAGACUCCAAUACAAAUUUUCUCCUCUAUUUAUGUUUGUGUUUUUUUUAAUCCUUUUGGAUGGUCUAGGGAAUCUUUUAAGUCUACAUGAAAUAGUUUUAUGCAUAAUGUAUUUGUAAAAUUAGUCUUUCUCUUUCAACGCUACAGGAAUUGAUUUUGAGACAAUUUUUCUCGUGUUAGUUUUACUCGGAGCAUUUUGAGAA